ACAGUUGUCAAAAGCCAAGUCAAGAGUCAAAGGGGGGCGGCCAGAGGAUUUCGGGGAUGUGUACCGUGUCUGACUGUGUAAGUUAAGUGAGUGGGUGAGUGAGUGGGGAGAGGGGAGAGGGGCCAGACAGAAAGAGAGAGAGGCGAGGAGGAUGGGAGUAUUUGCACCCCCAACGUGUCAAUGCAGUACAGCUGUGCAAGAUGAUCUGCCAGAUAUCUGCCUACCUAACCUGCGCAGCCCAGGUGGGAAGAUUGAGAUGACGUCUCUCUCCGCCCGCCUGUUCCUCUCUUGUCUAGGUAGGUACCUAAGUACCUUAGGUACUCAGUAAGGAGCUCCUCUGGUAGCUACCGGUACCCGACGUGUACCCGAAGCUCAUGUACCCGAAGCCAGCCGCAGCAGCUAUUCGGCGUGGAGCUAUCUAGACCAGAUACCUCACCUCAAAGUACAAUCUAGACACUGGCACAUGAUCGCAUCACUCCCAAAUUUCUACUACCAGAAAUUCGCAGCUAGAAAAGACAAGACAGACAGACAUCCCAUUCCACGGUAAAGCGCAGUGACACACAUACACAUACAAUGUCACAGCAACAAUCCAACUUCGUCCUCAGGGCAUGGUACCAGUGGAAAUCCCUUCGCCUACCAUGGCGGAAACGAUUCUUCGUCGGUCAGUUCACUCUCAAAAAGACACAACACCCUACAGACCACCCUACACAACAAUUCUCACCAUCACUCCCACUCCCAUUUAUGUACUCAAGUGAUAUAACUAACACACGCCCAGGCAGUGACCCCCAAGGCAAUACCUACUACGAGCUCCGUCAACCCCGCGGCGACGCUGCCGAAGGCUCGCCGCACAGACGUCUAGUCCACUAUCCGCGCUCAACACAACACAGUGAGGUAAAAGUGCCGCCGGCAUGGCAUCAAUGGCUACGCCACCAACGCUUCGAACCACCCACCAUGGAGGAGCAAAUCGCCGAGCUACAGCGCCAGGCGCGCAUGAAGCUCCUCGCCGCCGACGCCGACGCGCGGUGGGCCGCAAAGCCGAGUUUGUUGGACAUGCCGCCUUCUUCUCCUCCUCAUUCUCCUUCUUAUCCAACAACGACGCAAACAACACAAACGGCGGCGACGACGACGACGACGACGACGACGACGACGACUACGGAUCAACACACGAAACCUGACGUACAGGGCCAUGCACAGACUUCUAAUGCCAAUCAGGAAGAAAGUAGGGACCCCGCAGUGAAGAAGAAACCAAACCCUACUACGCAGACAACAAAAUCCACAAACACCAAGGCCGAGAUAGACAACGACCCGUGGAAACAAGCUCAGCAACAACGGGGCGCACCUGGCGAGACAUGGCAGCCUCAAGCCUGGACACCUACAUCGACGCCAGCUCGAAAGCGGUAGUAGACCAGCCCCGGCCUCAUGCAAUGGCUACCUAACCUAUGUAUGAUAAUAGUACAUGUAUGAAAAUGAUCCAUAACAUCUUGUAGGAUAAAAAAGUCAAAAGAACAGCUUAAUAGACUUGUAUAUUAUCAUGUAUGUAAUCCAGGUAGGUGCAUAAGUUACCAGCACGACUUCAACCACCCCGAUAACCAUGGAUCGAACUCUAUACACCUACU